GCACGAUUGUGUCUCUCCCCCUGAAUAAGCCGUUGGUCCCUGCUCUAGAUGGCGCUGCGGUCCAAUGCUCUUCAGGCAUGGGAACGAGAUCCGUCUCUAAACUCAGACGAUCCUGCGUUGUUGGACCGCGAAAUCGAAUCCCUCUCUGCUAGGCUUCACACUCUAAAGACUCAUCGCAACGCUAUCAUCCCCAUCGCUAUCCUUCCCUGGGAGAUCCUUGCGAACAUAUUCUUCUUUCACGUCCACAGAGCGGAUCCGCUUCAUCGCUGGACCAAAGAUGCUGGCUGGAUCAACAUCGCGCACGUAUGUCGUUUCUGGCGCAAAGUCGUGCUUGACACAAGGAACCUCUGGACGACGAUUUCAUGCUCGGCAAAGGAGUCGACCGCGUUCAUGCUAGAGCGGUCGAUGUCCCUGUCGUUGACACUGGACGUGUUUGUCCCUGCUGCCCCUCGGGACCAGGAGGCGGUGUUUGAAGCCACUAAGCUGGCGAUGGCGCAACUCCAUCGAAUUGUUGAUAUCAGAGUGAGUGGCUCCAAGACAGGCACGGAAUAUUUCUCGUCCAUGGACUACAUCGUACCGGAACCACUCUUACAGUCGCUCACGUAUGCGCCGGUGCAACCCCUGCUCAAAACGGAAGUCCUCGGACUGAAGAUUCUACUUCUCAUCGCCUCUACGAGCCUGCGUCGUCUGUCUCUCCCCAGGUGCGGUGCGCGUUUUGUGCCCGAACCUUUGCCUAUGCUGCAGACUCUCAACCUGGGUAUCUGCAACUACAAGGGCCUCAACACAGUGACGUGGAUCCUCAAAGCAUUGCGCGGCCUCCCUUCCCUGCAAUCUCUUACUGUGACAUUCAAUGACUGCGACGAUGUUCGGUCUCUUCCGCUCGAUGUGAGGGACAAGACGGCACUUGUCACUUUAUGCCACCUCGAGGACCUAACCUUAAGCUGUACUGUGUCCCCUGCUGCGUACAUACUGCGUCAUCUGACCCUACCACGGUCUUGCGGAUUCUCCCUUGGAGUCGAGAUGGCGAGACCUCCCUCGGAUCAUGUGCAAAAAGCCCUGAUGCGCGAAAUCGUCAGUGAGAUAAUUGUGGCACCCCUACGUGGGAUCUCGUUUGAAAUCCAGGCUGAUACGGACGACAUAGUCAUCAGGGGAUGGACGUGCCCCCUUCCAGAUGACCGUCGCUCAAUGACGGCUCUCUACGACGGUAACUACAAGAUCAACUUAUGGCUGCUCCGGGGAGAGGAUUUGGGGUUCCGACAGGGCUCCUGGCUAUCCGUUCUGUACCACGUCGGCUCCCUGCUCGGCGACGACCUUGAGCUUCUGCGGGUUCACAUGCCCUCGGGCAUACUCUUUCCGAGUGCGUGGUGGUCCGCGUUCGGACACCUGAGAAACGUCCAUAUGCUGCACUUCGGUGGGUCCGAUCCCGGUGGAUUACUCCUUGCCCUUACAUUCAGAACGCACCGUGGCCAUAGUGCUGCGGAGGACGGGUUUCUGCCUCGCUUGCGCAGCCUGGUACUCAAUGAUAUCAACUACGGUCCUUGUGAGUAUGGCCAUUCGACGGCGAGAAAGCUAUUCUAUACGCUGGAGCACCGAUGGCGACGACAGCUCAAGCUGCAAAGGAUAUGCUUGUACAACUGCGCAUACAUCUCCAUCUCGGACAUCUCUAAUCUUAAGUCGGGAAUCCCAGAGGUAUACUGGGAUGGGCGCAAUCUGGUGAAUAUGGCUAUGGUGACUGAGGCCUGA